AUGGCCUUGCGCCGUUAUGGCCUUGGCCUACUUGUUGUGUCCCCAUAUUUUUUAACUUUAGGAAAUAUGCUUAGCCUUUCCAAACCGGUAGCUAACCCAACUUUUGGAUAUAAUGAGCUUCGAUCUAUAAGAUAUUAUUUAAAAAUAUUAAUUAGGAAAGACAAAAAAUGGCAAAAAAGUAAAGGUUCAGCAGAUGAACGUUGGUAUGAUGGAAGAAGAAAUGAGGAAUAUUUUGACAGAAAAUAUUAUAGAAAAUACAGAUUUUGUUGUUUUGACAUUUUUUGGCCGCCUGGAGGGAUAAAACAGAAUAGACCUCAUCCCAAACAACAGAAACAUCCACAUACAAUAAGCCAGCAACCAUCACCAAUACCUUUAGAACAUAGGCCUUUCUAUUCUUAUAAUAAUUCUUUUCCUCCUCCUCCCCAACAAACUGAUAUUCCUGUCUAUCGAGACAGAGUUGGAAGGGAACAACAAAAUGGAAGACCUUUAGCAGCAUCAUAUUCAGACUCUUCAUAUGGCCAUCGCGAAAUUCCUGUUAAUCGAGAACAGAAUUAUUCUCAUAAAUAUUAA